AUGUCAGAAAAAGUGAGUGUGUAUGUUAGAGUGAGGAAUAACUUAGAAAAGGGACUGGAUAAGGACAGAAAUGACAUUUGGUUCCUGAAGGACGAUUUGCUGCAUCAGAGGGUUGAUGAAGAUAAUUUUAUAAGCUAUUUUUGCUACAAAAAGGUUUUCUACAUGGUCAACAAUUGUGAUUUGUACAAAGAAUGUAUAGAACCGAAUAUUCAGCCGUUCAUGUCGGGCAAAUCGUUGACCGUGUUCGCAUAUGGCCAAACUGGAAGUGGAAAAACGCAUACAAUGACGGGAAAACAAACGGACAUGGGAAUAAUCGGGAGAACGCUUGAGGCUAUUUACGACAGCAUGAACGGCUCAGCUGAGUGUUAUCUAUCGUAUUUUGAGAUUUACAACGAAAACAUCAUCGAUCUGAUCAAUACCAGCAAUAAGCCGCGAAUUUUCACCUAUAACAAUGAAUUAAUCGUCAAAGGAAUAGAAAAAACACCUGUUGCGAGCUUGGAAAAGUCGUUGCGGCUUAUAACCGGCUGUGAAGAAAGACGAAAAACAGGACAAACACUGUUUAACAUAAGAAGUAGUAGGUCGCACACUAUUUUCAAACUAGAACUAAAAAAUGCGAACACCACGUCAAUGAUGACGUUGAUAGACUUGGCAGGCAGUGAAAAGGCAUCAGGAACGUCUUUGCGCAUCAGAGAAGGCGUUUAUAUAAAUAAGAGCUUGUUAGCGCUUGGCAAGGUAAUUAAUUCGCUGAAUAAAAACGAAUUCACAAGCUACAGAGAGUCCAAGUUGACACGUGUUUUACAGUCCUCCAUGACAGGAAAUGUAACACUCAUAGCUCUUUGUAUGAUAUCACCUGAUCAAAAAUGUCUGGAUGAAUCAAUCAGUACAUUAAAUUUUGCGUCAAGAUUGUGUCAAAUAGAAAUGAAAAAUCGAAUGUAUAACAGCAAACAAUUGCCAGCUGAGUCUGUUCUCUGUGAUAACUGUAAAAAACAGCUCAACAAGAAAGAGAAAAAACUAUCAGUGGACGAAAUAACAGACAGCUCCUCCGUAGAGGAUUUUACGCUUAUAAACCCCGAUAAAGUAAAGGAAAAAAAUUCGACGGAACAAAUAAUUCACCUGCAGAACAAACGAAUACAUAGUUUGGAAAGUAUGGUCAUCACGUUACUGGGGCAGAAUCCAUCCCAGCGUGAAAACGAGAUAUUUACGCUGGAGAAGAACAUGUUUAAUUUGCAGUUAGAAAUGCUGAAGAAACCGGAUAUGAUCAAAGGUGAUGAAGACUUCGAAAUUAAUCAAAAGAUAUCCUGA